AUGGUCUCGACCAACUGCAACGGCUACAUCUACUGCAACGAGCAAGUGCCCCAAAAUGGUGAGUUGUAUUCUUUUCCAAUCAAUUUUGAUUUCUUCCUUCCAGCUCCAACUAUGUCUGUGCCUCUGAACGGACCGAAUACAGUUGAGAUCUAUCUGAACGAUGAGAAGAAGCUGUGGUCGAAGUACUGCGGGAUGCCGAACGAGAUGAUGGUGCUGACCACCGGCCGCGAACUGUUCCCCAAGUUGAAGUACGAUGUGAAGGGACUCUACCCCGAUAUCCCUUACACUGUUACCAUAUUUCUGCAAAAAAAGUGUGGUAACUUCAUGAAAUACGAGGAGGGGGAGUGGAAGGAAACUUCGAAGCCAGUUGACGGUCCGGAAUGCACAAACUGCUACACUGUGGGCACCAUGAGCGGAAGAGAGUGGAUGGCUGCUGGUAUAA